AAAUCAUCAUAAAUAAAGACGAGUUUACUGCUACCGAUAAAGAAGCUUCCACACAGACUAAAUAAUUUCUUCCAAAAUAUAAGGAUAUUUAUUUGUACAUUUCUAUAAUUUAUGUUUCAUAGUUUCUGAUUCUGGAUAUCAGUUGCAGUUCUUUACCCAGCCAUGACUCUGCUGGUCAGAAACUUCACAGAGAACAUUGGUAACCAAACAGAGUCUCAGAUGGGAGAUCAAGGAAGCACCACAGAAAUGGGAGCAGAUUAUGUCACCUCCUCAAUGAACGUAACUGCAGAAUGCCUGCCAGAUGGCCACUUUUUCGUUACCAGAUUCUUACCGCUGUCUUACUCGUUCUUGUUCAUUGCAUCGUUUAUUCUGAACUGCAUGGCAGGAUGGGUAUUCUUCCAUCUAACAAGCAAAAAGCCUAUGGUUGUUUUUCUCAAGAACAUUAUUGUUGCAGACCUAGUAAUGACAAUGACUUUUCCUUUUACAAUAUUGUCCCACACACAGGUAAAGCAAAACAUACAUGCAGUUGUCUGCCAGUUUUCAGCUGUUAUUUUCUAUGUAACUAUGUACAUCAACAUCAUACUUUUGGGUCUAAUAAGUCUCAACAGAUAUGUUAAAAUAGUAAGGGACCAUAAACACAGUUUACUUAAUAAUGCAAAAUUUGCCAAAAUAGCUUCUGUUCUUGUCUGGAUAAUUAUGUUUCUAACAGCACUACCAAACAUGUUUUUGAACGAGACUGACCUGCCACGAAUAAGCCGCUGCAUAGAGUCAAAGAGUGUCAUAGGUGUUGAAUGGCACAUGUUUUCUGUAUACUUUUCUAUACUGAUAUUCUUUGCAACUUGCCUUGUGAUGAGUUUUUCUUAUGUUUAUAUAUUAAGAACAAUCUAUUACUCUCGCGCAAAUACUGGGAGAAAGCUUUCACUUGGAAAACAAAAAUCAAGGCGCAAAGUUUUUUACAUUCUUGGAGUGUUCUUUGUUUGUUUUGUACCGUAUAACAUUUAUAGAGUUCUAUAUCCAGGAAGAAAAACUGAGACAGCAAGUUGCACAACGCAAAACACUUUGUUUUUCAUAAAGGAAGGUCUUGUAUUGCUAUCAGCAGUGAACACCUGCCUGGAUCCUAUACUUUAUUUUUUACUUUGCAAGUCCUUCACUAGAUCUAUUCAGAAAACCUACAACAGAUUUUGGGGCGAAAACAAACAAAAGAAUGCACAAAGUAUGAAUGAUAGUAAAAUAAAGACAGACACAGAAAUUCAGACCACUGAAUCACGUCAGUGAUUUUGAUAAGUACAUUUUUUAUUUAUUGGCAUCAUUCUCAGUUAGCGCUUUUAUAUCAGCAAUACUUGUUCAGUGUUUUAAAUUAAGCUUUUACAAAAAAAGUUCUACUAUAAAUGUACUAAUUUACUUACUGUUGCAUUGAAUCUAUAAAGAGGAGACAAUACAAAAAAUUUCAAGGAGUAAAGACAUGCAUAAUUGCAGAUUAAAGCCUAAACUUAAAAAAAAAAAUAAUAAUAAUAAUAAUAAAUUGCUAGAAUGCUUAAGAGUGACUUGACAAAGAAAUCAUGACUGAUUGAUUCUCCAUGGAUAGAACAACAUUAUCAGUGAGCAUUGUGAAAGUGAAACCAGCCAAGUAGCAAUUAGAGUGCUGCAACUGAACUGAGA